GCUGGCCAGGCCGUCUAGCAGGACAGGCGGCUGCCGGACUUUUGCUGUCACUCUCGUGUGAAGUCUUUACCCCCCAAAAUGCACCGAGACGUCGUUUCAUCCUAACACAAGGAAGAUGCUGCACCGACGCCAAUAGUACUUUUCCUCCAUACAAGAAAAUCCCACAACAACGGCAAAGAAGUCGAUGAGUUCUGUUGUCCAUGACGCCGCGGACACCCGCGCCGCGGAGCAAGCAUCCGUUGUCCACCGCUUGCGGGAGCAGCUGUACGCCCUGCAGCAUGAGCAGGAGCACUACCGCAGUCACUACGGCGAACUGGAAUCGGUGUGCUGGGAGUUGGUGCGGGACAUAGAGGAGCUUCGCCAAGAGCGACUGGACCGUUCGCACCUGCACGCGGCAACAUCGAAAGAUGGUCUAACCUUGGGGAUGCGAAACCCUUGUUCGCAAACGGCGAAUGAGAGAUCAACGCUGGAUUCCUCUGCGCAGCUGCGACCGUUACUUCCCUCAACUCAAUUGCAGUCGUCCACGAGCCGACAAGAUGGAGGAGCACCUUCUCCCGUGCAGGGCCGACCCGCACCGACACCUCCGCGUGUGCACGGUCCUCUUCAUCUGGAACAACAUGAAGCGCAGAUACUUGUUGAUCGUGUAUGGACCCUGCGCCAGUGGAUGGGUGAUCUCUCCGACGGUGUCGCGGCGCUCACGUUGUCAGACGCUGCUGCGGCUGGCACUGCGAACUCCUCAGAGCAGCCGCAGCAUCGUAUCCCCGUCUUCCCAGGCGAGGCGGCAGUGCGAGAGAAGGCGGCGGAACUCACCAUUCGGCGGGACGUGCCACACGCGUUGCUUCGCACACCGCAAUCCGGCAGUAACGCUCCCCGCCUGCUGCACCGCACCCUGGACGACAUUUUCCUUCAGUUCACGCAGCUGCAGGCAAGGCUGACGGACACGCUCUGGACGACCGCGCACCCGCCUGCCCUGUCCAGCCCAGCCCACACGCGGCAGGACCGUGACAUCGAGGUGGCGCGGCUGCGGGCGAUCAACCAACAGCUUCGACGAACACUGCACGACUACGAGCAGACACGACGGCGAUCCACGGCACCAACCCCCACCGUGGCUCGACCCCGUUCGAGGUCACCGUUGCGGAGGUCUUCUGCCACAGCCGCCCCGCGUGCCCCACCGGGCUACACCGCAUCGCAAGAAGAAGAAGGCUUAUUUGUUGCUCUCCCUCGGCGGCGGUGA